CAUCACGUGACAUCCAGCCCACGAAUCUAAGUUUGGCCCGUGUGUGUGGUGCUUCAAGAUGAAACACGAGCUCUGAAGUGUGUGUGUAUCGUUUCUCUCCAAAUUCAUUCUAAAUAUGGAAGCUGGUGUGGCUCAGGAAAGGAUAGCAUCUUUUCUUAAGCGUCUACGGGCUGAGCCACGCUAUUUGUUGGCCCAGAAUGUGUCAACAUGCAUUGACCCGUUGGAGGUUUGUUUGCAUCGGCAAACUGUCCAGGAUACCGUGCACAUCUUUCAGCACUCAAUCCUGACAGAGGGCAAGCCUGUCACUAACCAAAAAAACUCAGGGAGAUGUUGGAUCUUCUCGUGCCUCAAUGUCAUGCGACUUCCCUUCAUGAAGAAGUACAACAUAGAGGAAUUUGAGUUUAGUCAGAACUAUCUUUUUUUCUGGGACAAGGUUGAGCGUUGUUUCUACUUCCUUCAGGCCUGUGUGGAUGUGGCACAAAGGAAGGAGCCAGUAGAUGGACGCCUGGUCCAAUUCAUGCUCUCCAAUCCAACCAAUGAUGGUGGACAAUGGGAUAUGCUGGUCAAUCUCAUUGAAAAGUAUGGCGUCAUUCCCAAAAAAUGUUUUCCUGAGUCACACAGCUCAGAAGCCUCACGCAGAAUGAAUGACAUCCUCAACCAUAAGCUAAGAGAAUACUGUCUAAGACUGAGGAACAUGGUAGCCAGCGACUCCACUGAAGCUGAGCUGUCAGAUGCUAUGGACACGAUGAUGGAGGAGGUGUUCCGGGUAACCAGUGUUUGUCUCGGCACUCCCCCUGAAACCAUUUGUUGGGAGUACAGGGACAAGGACAAGAACUUCCAUCGCACAGGACCCCUCACUCCCCAAGAGUUUUACAGAGACCACGUGAAACCCUUAUACAACCUUCAGGACAAAGUCUGCCUUGUCAAUGACCCUCGACCCCAGAACCCGUAUGGUAAGCUGUACAGUGUUGAGUUUUUGGGGAAUAUGGUUGGAGGUCGACCAACUCUGUACAACAACCAACCUAUCCACCUGCUUAAAAAGGCUGCAGCUGAGUCCAUCAAGGAAGGAGAGGCAGUAUGGUUUGGUUGUGACGUUGGAAAACAUUUCCACGGCAAGCUAGGCAUUAAUGACAUGAAUGUCUUCAACCACGAACUUGUAUUUGGAGUAUCGGUAAAGAACCUUUCUAAAGCAGAGAGACUAACCUAUGGAGACUCUCUGAUGACCCACGCGAUGAUCCUCACUGCUGUCACAGACAAGGAUGGGAAAGAAGGCUAUGAGAAAUGGAGGGUGGAAAACUCGUGGGGUGAUGAUCGUGGGAACAAAGGUUACCUGAUCAUGACAGACGACUGGUUCUCAGAGUAUGUGUACGAAGUGGUGGUAGACAAGCGGUUCGUCUCCUCUGAUGUCCUAGAAGUGAUGAAACAAGAACCCGUUAUACUUCCUGCCUGGGAUCCAAUGGGCGCUCUGGCUUAACGACAGGAAUCUAGUUUUUAGUCCAAAUCUCUGAUCUCUUUGACUCUGGCCUCUUCGUUGGCUGCUUUUAAUUCUUUAAUAAUUCCUCUACAUCUCCUUCCAAACAGCCUAUUCUUUUAAGACGAAAUAGUAAGUUUUGGGGAUUUUUUUAUUUAUUUUUUUUUCUUUUUAGCAGGACUGCCUGUCUUUUACAUCUUUUUAUUCUAGAGUGGGCCCUGAAUGUGCCAUUUGUUUUGUAUAUAUUCUGGAUUUCUGGGAUAUAAAAAUGAAUAUUGGG